CCUUGUGGUUAGAUGUAAUAAUGCAAAGAUGUGACACUGUGAUAAGAAAACAGCUUUUUGUGGUCACUAUGAUGGCUCUGGUAAUAGUAUGUACCUGCAGAGUAACACAAACCCAUUCAUCAUAACAUACAGCUCAGUGAGAGAAAGUCUAAUAGUAAAGGAGCGUCAGCAGAAACACAUUAGGCCUCAUUUUGCUUCGGUGUUUGGUUGUCAACCAUCACUCUGCAUCCUGUUUUUCUGCCUAGCAACACAACAGAAACUUUGUCACACUUUGAUCUUCUUUGUUUAAAUGCUUGAUUUGAAUAUUCAAAUUACAGUUAGAAAUGCCUGUACAACUGCAGUGUAACACACAAAUAGACCCUGAGAGAUGCCACUUUUUUGUACAAUCUCUGAAAAUAUAGAAUAUUUUGUUUAUUUUAUUAGUAAAAGCCUAACCUAAAGAUUUUUUCCAUGAAGGCUUCACGUCUUCUACAGUUCAAAUGACAAAUCAUUUGUUGGUUUCAAACAGCUUUCAUCAGCAUGUUUAUUUCCAGGACAUUUUUUACACUUUUAGCUGUGCAAAGAGAUAAUUUCUAGUGUUACCAUAUUGUGUUUUUAGAUUAAACCAAUGAUGAUGAUUGUGACAAAGAAGGAGCUGUAUUGGGUGACAGCCCUGUGGAAGAGAUGCUGCCUCAUCAUCAUGUAGCAUCUUCUGUAGCACACCAUGACCUAUAUUUUGCUGAUGUUCCUGCUGUCAGUUGUCAAAGCCCAGCGUCUUCCAUCAUGUCCUGUUUCCUGUGCGGUUUGCUCUAAGGAUGCAGUUAUCUGUCAAAGACUUGCUAACAUCAUUGAUGCUGCAGGUUCAACCCAGGCUCUGCUGCUGACAGAGGGCUCCAUCUCUGUGGUGCAACCUGCUUCGCUGUCAGACCUCAGGAACGUCACAGUUAUAGGUCUGAGUAACAACCACAUCUCAGAACUUAGUCAAGAGGCCUUCAGAAAGCUUCCUUUUCUCCACACCUUACUGUUGGAUCACAAUCUCCUGACAAGCCAGGCUCUGCAGGGUGGAGCUCUGACCAAUCUUAGCCAGCUAGAAGUUCUUGCACUGGGCCACAACCAUAUCAACACUAUCCAGGCUGGUUGGUUUACAGGCACAAAGGCUCUGCUGAACCUGAAGCUGGAGGGAAACUUGCUCACCAGGUUGGGCCUUGGAUCCUUUCCUCUGAAUGACUUCAGAAGUCUGGAAACUCUGGACCUUUCAGAUAAUUUAAUAGAUUUUCUGGACAGGAACAGUUUCCGAGGUUUAGUCAGCUUGAGAAGUCUGGAUCUCUCCAGAAACCGUCUGAGUUAUGUCCCUUCUGAGGCUUUCUCCUACCUUGUGUGGCUGUCAAACCUGAACCUGGACCUCAAUACAUGGAACUGCACAUGUGAGCUGCUAGAGCUGGCUGCCGUCCUCUCAAGCUUCAUUCAGGAACCGGACAAGACUCUCUAUAAUGGUCGACGGAUGGUGUGUGUGAGUGCAGACAACCCGGCUGUGACCACGGUGCUGGAGCUGACUGAAGCCAACUGCAUCCCAUCCAAUCGGAACAUCACAGUUCAGAUAGGGGCCAGAGGCAGCGUGACGCCUCAGAUGUACGCUCGCGACCUGGCUAUCACUGCAGUCAUCUGCUUCCUAGGAGGAGUUGCUUUGACCCUUCUUGUAGUCUUGACCUGCUACCAAAUAUCUCGAAGGAAGAAGAAGAAAGAAAGUCAAAGAGUGAAGAAGGACAUGGACAAAGGCAGAACAGUAGCUAACCAUGUAAAUCAAGUUGAUGCUAAGGAGAGGAUGAAGGACUUUUUCUUGCAAGCCAACAGCAGUCAACAAUGGAAUAAAGAGUCCAUGACACUGGAUGAAAGGAUGGAUCACCACAGUGAUGCCUUUAGGUCCAGGGCUGGUGAAAAUGGUGGCUAUGUCUGGUGUCCUCAUUACAACACUAAUGGGAAGAUGCCAAACCAAAUGCGAAAGGGUCAGUGGGUAAAUAAAGCAACUGAGACUGAGGAUGACCAAGAAAGAAGGAAAUUCAAGAUGAGAGUGGAAGAGGAGAGAAGGAGAGGAGCUAUUCAGCAACAACAUUCCAGCUGGGAUAUCUCUAAUAAGUUUCCUUCCCACAACACAAACUCAUCUUUUCAUCUACUGCGAGAAACGUCAGACCACCUGCCACCCCACAAGGCUGACAGAGACAUGGACAACUACAUGACUGAUGAUGAAUUAAAGACCAAAGGAUAUGAGACUUCCCACUGCAGGAAUUGCCACACGACAUACAGAGCACCAGAGCAGGACAUGACACACAGGAGGUCUCACUCCAACCAUAAAGACGCCUUCGCUGUGAAUGGCAAGGUAAGAAGGGAGCUGUCUGAAAAGAUGAAGAACACAGAGCUAAAAAGACAAACAAGAAAUGUAAAGUUUGAUCUGAGAAGUUUGAGGACCUAUAAAGGCAAGGAAAGGCUGGAGGAAGAGGUGGUGGAAACUCCCAGAGGCGAUGAGGAAAGCAGAGACGGGAGACACAAAGUCCAGUCCAACCGCUCACUUAAGGUCAAAUUGAACUUAAACCCUUUAAGAAAAAGGAAAGUCCAUCCCAGGAAGAAAAAUGAGCAUGGCCACACCGAGAACACAAGCUCUGAGAGGAGUAGAGAGAAAAGACAGUAUCGAAAAGGUGAAAAGGAGGAUGGAGAAAAGAAAUCUGGCAAAAAAAACAAGAAUAGCAGAGAGAAAAAGUCUUCCAAAACAGGUGUGGGGACAGACAAAGGACAAAAAAGCAGUACAUCAGCAAGUGCUAAAAGUUCAGAAGCUGACCAGGAAAGGAACCAACACCCAGACAGCUCCCAGCCAGCUGAUAGCACCACUGUCUUUGCACAGGCACAAAUCCAGCCUCUCCAGUAUCAGAAAGCUGGACUGGCAUUGGGUGGGGCUAAGCUGACUUAUCAGCAUCCUUUCUCCUUCAGUACCCCUGACAGGAAUCGUACUGCCAACCUCUCCCUGCUAGGCUCAGCUGGCUCACAGUUACCUGGCAGCAGCCUUACUCUUCAAGCAGGGAAUGCUUUGCUCAACACCGUGGCCUCAGGAUCCAAUCCACUGCUCAUUGGUGGUCUGACUAAUCCCAUUGCUCCUGGUGUAGCUUUGAGUGGGCUUAACAUAGCUCCAAGCGGUGCCACAGAAAGCUUCACUAGACAACCCUCAGGAGGGAUCAGGUCCUCAAAUCCUGCUCUUCUAGCUAAGACAGUACAGGCCAGUCCCUUGCAAGCAGGUGGAAUACACCCAGAUUCGCUUCUUAGCUCAAAACCUGAAGAUCCUGUCCUGAGCUCAGUAAACCCAGCUAAUAUUCCAGCAGCACUGGGUCAUAGCCAGAUGCAGGUUGACAGUUCUGCAUCUGUAGCUUUACUAAAGCUUGAUCUAACACAGGGUCAAGACAUUCAGACUGGGAGGGGUCAGCUUCAUUUAACAACUGAAUCACAAGCACCUUCUACCAAAAGCGACCACCCUGAACAGGGCCAAGACAAGAUGUCUGGAGAUACCCAUCAGGGUCCUGAACCGGAAACUAUAGUGGAGGAUAUAUCUACUGUUAAAAUGCUGCCUGGGCAGGGUGUAGCUCAAACUGAAGAACCUCAAGUAGGAGCAUCAGGAGAAUAUAUGAAGGCAGCAGGUAUGUAUGUAAUGGAUACAUCAGUACCUGAUCUGCCCAUACAAGGUGAAUCCUCACCAGCUGCUGGAGGGACUGUUCUCUUGCAGCAGGAGUACCUGUUAGAAGAUGGAGGUUCCUCACCGAGGAGAAAGCUGAGGUUGGUUCUUCCAGAAAAGACAUCAAACCGGCCCCCCACAGCACUGGAGAGGAAAAUACGCUAGCAGGUCACAUCUCACGGAACAGCGAAUGGAGAAAAAGCAGUCGAUAUUGAUGUCGAUCCUUUAUUCAAUUCAAUUCAAAUUCAAUUCAAAAAUACUUUAAUAAUCCCAAAGGGAAAUUAAAUGUUGUUGUAGCUCAUUAUGAAGGUUUCCUCAAAGAGCCGUUGUAGAUGCUGAUGGCUGUGGGCAGGAAGGAUCUCCUGUAGCGCUCCGUCUUACAGCAGAUCUGAAGAAGCCUCUGACUGAAGACACUCUCCAAAAAACUUCAAUAGGUGUUUCCUAGCAUUACAGAGUUUAGAUUGUUUUACUUCUAUAAAGUUGAAGAAGACAUAAACAGCUGUUGGUCAUUUUUAGUUUUCCAACUGUAAUUAACGAGUUCCAUACAUUUCUAAAAGUAUGGACGCUUAUUUUAUCAACGCACCGUGACCUUUAUUUACAAUUUUCUCUGUUUUCCAAAGAGUACGACUUGAUUAUGGAGACAUUAAUUAAACAUUGUCUGGUUGUAUAUAGAGAGAAACCAAACCUGUGAGGUAAAUAUCUUGCUUUUCUGGAAAGAGCGUUAAUAUCUGUCCUAAAGUUUAUGUGCUAAAAGCAAAAAUUGUUCGCAUUUGAGGGGCAACGACACAACCAAAAUAAUUCUAAAUAUUUAUUUGAAAAGCUUUUUGGUUUUGGAUAACUUUAGAUAACAGUCUUCCACCUUUGCAAAGACAGCAGGGAGCAAUACUAAUAUAAUGUAUAGUAUGAAUUUCUGUUUAUGUUUUUUUAAAAGGACUCCAUGUAAAUGGAGUCAUUAUUGUCCUACUGUAUUUAUACCUGGAGAAAAAAGUGUAAGGAAACAUUGAAAUAAAAGACAAAACAGGGAAGGUUUUAAUAGAAACUCUAAUUGGUGACCUGAAGAAUAAUAAUCCAUUCAAAUCUUGAGGUCACCCAACGAUCACAUCUCUGUAAAUGUCAUUCAAAUUAAUUGACGAAUACAAUGCCUUGUUGUUUUUGAUAUGUGAGAUUUAACUCUAUGCGCUUGGUGCCUCUGUGUUAAUGGACAACGUGGGCUCUUGAAAAAUAAAAAAUAUCACAGGACUGAA